GCCUUGUUGUUCGCUCUCUAACUGAAGUUUAGCCCCAGUUAUUACCUUUUUGUUCAGGAAAAACAUUUUAUCAGGGAUUUAUUUGUGAGUAUGAGCGAUCUGUGGUCGGAUCAGCCGUGUUCUGUGUAAGAAGACAUUGACGAGACAACAUAGCUACCAGACUUGUCAUGAGGCUCGCAUCCUUGGCGGUACUAGUCGCCAUAGGCCUAGUCCAUUUCAAACUAUCGGCGUCUCUGCCCGUGUCUCCAGUCCCUCCUCUUCUUAACAAACUUCUCAAGGAUCAGAAUGUAACACUGGGUUUCAUUCUCAAAGGAUUGCAAGGUCCUCCCGGUGCGAAUGGUAUGGCUGGAAUGUCCGGUCAGCCAGGUCAACCGGGUCCACCGGGAUUCAAAGGAGAUCCCGGUCCUCCUGGUUUCCCCGGUACUCCCGGUCUUCCAGGAGCCCCUGGUUUUCAGGGACCUCCAGGUAUGGAUGGAGCUCCUGGUUCCCCUGGUUUCCCUGGUCCUCCAGGUUUUCCCGGUGGUAGUGGAAUGCCCGGUGUCCCCGGUAUGCAAGGACCUCCAGGACCUCCAGGUGCCCCAGGCCCUACACCAAUUAGAUACAACGGAACAGUGAAAUGUGAAGAGGACACAGCUUGGCUGCGAUGUAACGAGUACAAACACAUAAGCAUUAUCUCCGCUUUCUGGGGAAGACGAAACUUCGGCCUGUGCACGGAACACACAGGAAACCUACAGUUUAACAAAUACUGCCCGACAACGCCUCUCUUUCUGACAAAAGUUAAGGACGCCUGUGAAGGAACGACCAUGUGCGAGAUAAGAUGCACAAAGUUCUUCUUCAACGAUCAAUCUUGCGCAGACGUAUACAAAUACUUGGAAGUCUACUACAAAUGCAUUGAAGUUAUUAACGGUCACGAGGUUGUGAACGAAGAUAACCUACUCAACGCCAAUUUCUUGGGUUGAACGAACGAACGAACAAACUUUCUAUAGAACGUUACUUUGCUUCGCUCUCGGCUGUAUCAUUUCACUUUGCUGGAAAGAGUUGUAUUUGUAAAAACGGGCUUGCCUGAGGAUAAAAAAACGAAUAAAUCGCUUCAACUAAAAAGGGCGAAGGCCUCGAAUUUCUAAUUCUUCGGCGAAAGAAGACGACAUACAUGGUUCUUGUACUUGUGAACCAUGUGUUAUAUCGAUUUAAGGUAGUUUUCUUUCUGUACAUGACAUGAUUAAAUCAUCUUCGUAGAAUCGAUCGAUAUUUACUCGGCUCGACUCUUUAUGAAAUUUGACGAAUUAGUGUGACGCAUUAGUGAGGUAGGGUCUCCAGUUUUUGUUGUCAACAGGUUUUUUUUGUUCUAAUAAAUUACCUUUUGUGCCGUAAGGGCACAGACUGACCAAGGUUUCCAGCACUGACAAACCUCCCGAAUUGGCCAGACUGACCAAGAAGCAAUGAUCAGUAGCUGUUCAAAUCGCUUGUGUAUGAUAUAGUGCGAUUUAUGAUGUAAUCUUCACUCUUAUAUGUAAAUAAACUGGUAAUGGAAUGGUUUACAGGUGUACACACGCCUUAUGUAGUUCUAAAACAGUAACUCGAUCAUGAUUGCUUUCAUUUGGUGACUGAUGGAUGUCAAUGAAGUUCUACUUCAGCAUUAUGAAGUUCAAGUUUGUCAAUAAACGACGUUUCCGUUG